AUGUUCAAUCGCAACAACUAUCCUUCGGUCCCUAACCCUUUCGGCUCCCGCCCCUCUCGAGGCGACGGUUAUACCACCCCAGCUCAAGGACAGAACCCCUACCCCUCCAGGUCGGGCGCAAGAGUCCUGCAGGAUACGGAGCGCCACCCCAGUAUACGGGAAGACCGCCUCAAAUGCCUCCGAGGAACCCCGUUGGAGAGAAGUCCGUGA